AUGUCAGAUAAUCUACUUUCGCUCCUAGUGGACCAAUCUAAUCAGCUCGUUCGAAUCAAAAGGAUCUUGAUUAAUUUCAAGAAACUUUCCAAGACCAACGUUACACUUCCAAAAAUCAAAGGUCGAUUGGCUGACUUGAAGGGGUACUGGGAAAAGGUUCAACUCCUUCAUACCAGAAUUUCGCUUGCCGCCACCAAGGAGGAAAUGGAAAGUCUACCCUACUUUAUCAACAACGAGUACGAUGAUGCUGAAGAAAACUACUACGAGGCAGCUGAUUAUUUCAACGAUGCGAUAAGUAGAUUUGUAAAAGUAGAGCCCCCUCAGGGUCUUAAUAGUACCGAAAUCUCUUUCCGCGAUGCGCCUCACAGUUUUGCGUUACAACUUCCGCGUAUUUCGCUUCCGAAAUUCUCAGGUAUCCAAGUAGAAUGGGAACGUUUUCGAAAUACAUUUGAAUCGCUUGUAGCAAAUCAAGAUUCACUCACAAACACGCAAAAGUUUCACUAUUUAAAAUCAAGUGUUGCGGGAGACGCUGCUCAGUUGAUAGCAAAUCUGAGAAUUUCCGAAACAAAUUACGAAUUUGCGUGGCAAUUAUUAUUAGCAGAAUACGACGAUAAACAAGCAUUAGUGUGUGCUCACCUUCAUUCGUUCAUUAGUUUGCCGAACAUAAAAACGGAAAAUGUUACCGAUUUGAAAAGACUACGCGAUACAGUGUCCUCAUCGAUCGCGGCUUUAAAAAAUCAAAAUCGUCCCGUUGAGCAAUGGGAUGACUUGCUCGUAUUCCUCAUCGUUCAGAAAUUCAGUCCGCGCACAAGAAAUGAAUGGAAUUUGAGACGUAGCAUGUCUUCUGAGCUUCCGACGUACAAAGAUAUUAACGACUUUAUGACAUUACGUAUACGAGGCUUGACUGAUUUAUCGGAUAUAAAUAAUAGCGUGGCCAAUUCACGUAAUCAAUAUAAACAUAAAUCCUCAGUUAACAGCAUAUCCGUAGUAAAAUGCGAACAUUGCGCUGCUAAUCAUUAUAUACAUCAAUGUAAAGAAUUUCGUUCAAAAUCUAUUAGCGAACGAAAUAGCCUCGCAAGACAGCAUAAAUUAUGUUUUAAUUGUUUGAAAUCCGGGCAUUUUACUUCGAAAUGUUUAAGUACGACGCGAUGCAAACACUGUAGUCGCAUGCAUCAUUCAUUAUUGCAUGGCAAAACGCGUGAAGCUCCCCUCGAUUCUGAUUCGCAAAAGUCAGUUUCUUCCGCCGGUACUCAAAUACCGCACGGCGAACACACCGUCACGGAAACACAUGCCGUCGCGAAUGUUCAAACGGUACAGACGACUCAAAUUUCAACGCCCCCGCACAUCCUCCUAGCAACAGCUUGGGUUGACCUUCAUACUAACGAGGGUCGUAGAUUUAGAGUUCGCGCGUUACUAGAUCAAGGGUCUACGUACAGUUUUAUUUCAAAGUCUUUAUGUCAAAAUAUGCGUACUAAACGACAUCAAGCUGAUCUACAAAUACGUUGCUUCGGAGAAAAAUAUACGGGUAAAUCGAGAUCACGCGUCACGCUAAAUAUGUCACCUUGUUCGCUCAAGACUCCCCUCUUUCCGCUAGUCGCGUACGUAUACCAGAAAAUUACGUCAUACUCUGCUUCUCAGAUUCAACCUCUCAAAAAUUGGUCUCACUUACGAGAUCUAACGCUUGCGGAUCCAAACCCGUCAAGCAAAGAUCCCAUUCAUUUGUUAAUAGGAGCAGACCUCUACGGCUUGUUAUUAUUAAAUGAUUUAAGGCAAGGUCCGUUAGGUACCCCGACUGCUCAGAAUACAGUUCUCGGAUGGGUAUUAUCAGGGCCCACAACAAGUACUGAACACUCACCGGAAAACGCUUCCGUAUUACAUUGCAAAUCGUCGCUUAAUACCAAUCUUAUUCUUCUCAAGUUUUGGCAGGAUGAGGAAGUCCCUCAUACUAUUCCUCUUACCGCCGAAGAAACAAAAUGUGAAGAACAUUUUAAAAACACGCAUACACGCACUCCCGACGGUAGAUAUGUCGUUCGUCUACCUUUCAAGGAGAAGCCUCCGAUAAACAUUGGCGAAUCUUUGUCAAUAGCUCGUUCAUUGUAUAAUCGUAAUGAAAAACAAUCACAAAACAAGCGAGAUGUAAGUACACAAUAUAAUGAUUUCUUGCGAGAAUACGAGUUCCUUGGGCACAUAAAGCAGGUCGACGAUAAAGAGAAAAACAUAGCAAAUCCCGUGUAUAUUCCGCAUCACGCUAUAUUACGCAAUCCAGCCUUACGACAAAAUUGCGCGUUGUAUUUAAUGCAUCGUGUAAAACGCGAGGCGGCGGAUCCCGCGGCAUUAAUUUUACGAUGGCGUCAAUGGUGUUAUGUUUAUAUGACCGAUAUACAAAAAAUGUUCCGUCAAAUUCUAGUCGAUCCGAUCGAUACUGACUUCCAACGCAUUCUUUGGCGACCUAACAUUGAUUCGCCGAUAAAAUCGUUCCGACUGCUUACCGUAACAUACGGUCUCGCCUCCUCGCCAUAUUUAGCUUUACGCGUGCUCCUACAACUCGCUAAAGAUGAAGGCUGUUCGUUCCCCAAAGCUGUUUCAAUAUUAAAAAAUUCGCUUUAUGUUGAUGACAUGCUGUUCGGCGAUGACGACAUGCAAGGACUACGUGAAGCACGUGAUCAGUUAAUAGAAUUAUUGCGACGCGGAGGAUUUCGGCUUAACUCCACAAUCGCCCUGGCGUGGCUCAAACAACACCCGUCGAAAUGGCAAACCUAUGUCGCAAAUCGAGUCUCCGAAGUUCAAACGACUCUUCCUACUAUUCGUUGGAAUCACGUGUCAUCUAAACAUAAUCCGGCUGAUUGCGCCUCCCGGGGUAUCUCUGCAUCAGAAUUAGUGGCUCACAAACUCUGGUGGUCAGGCCCUUCAUGGUUGCAAAAGCCUUCGACUGUCUGGCCCAUACAUGAGUCAACUCCUCUAGAUCAAUUUGCUAUGAAUCAGAUGCAAACUGAGGCGCGCCUACGACCGUCUAUCACAUUGAAUGUGAUCCAGAAUGGACGCUUCCUACUAGUUGCUCCAGUUGGACGAAGUUGA